AUGCCGUCCGAAUCUCGGUACAGGUGGCACUUUUUCGCGGCUGCGGACGAGGGGGGGCUUAAGUCGGACGAUCUAUACACGGUUGAGAUCUGCAUGACGGGCCUGGACUGGGCCCGGGCCCGGAAAUUCUUCUGCGGGCCGGACAAUAGUGGCGACUCGGCUGGAAGGGAGAUGACGGGGAUUGGGAACGUUGUCUCGCCCGCGCUCGUCUGCGACUACGCGUUCGACCCGUGUGGGUACUCUAUGAAUGGAGUGUCGGAGGACCGCUACUCGACGGUGCAUGUGACUUCCCGAGGAUGGGUUCAGCUACGCGAGCUUUGA